AUGAACACGCAGUUCAUGCUGCACAAUGUGACCGUGGUUGUGGAGUACCGAGACCCGUUUAUCAAAAUGGUCUUCAAAAAUGUUCUAGUGUUUGUCCUCGGCCUGUUCAUCAACUACAUCAACAUCAUCUUCAUGCACACCUUCUGCAAGCACCAGAUGUUCUACACCAACCCUCGCUACAUCCUCUUCUUCCACCUGGUGCUGAACAACGUAAUCCAAGUGAACGUGACCCUGGUGCUCUUCUUUGUCAGCUACAUCCUGUACACGAUCAACAUGUCCGUGUGUGUCACUUUGAUCCUGCUGGCGCUCUUCACCACCGAGAACAUGCCGCUCAAUCUGGCGUGCAUGGCGGCCGAGUGCUACAUCGCCGUGUGCCUGCCGCUGCAGCAUGCCCGCCUCUGCACCGUCAACAGAACUCUCAUCACUAUUGUUCUGAUCUGGACCACCAGCUUGAUCUCGGUUCUGCCUGACCUCUUCAUCACCUUAGCCACCAAGCCACUCGACUUCUUCUCUUCUAGAGUGUUCUGUAUGCGAGAAAAUGCCUUCCCUAAUCCGCUGAUUUCCAAAAAGAAGGACAGCACCUACAUUGUGUACCUGAUCCUGGUCUGGUCUGUUCUCUUUUACACAUACUUUAUGAUUCUCUGUACCGCCCAAAAUGCCAGCAAGGAUGGCAAGAAGGCCCGGACGACCAUCCUGCUACACAGCGUCCAGGUCCUCCUAUGCAUGACCACGUAUGCCGCGCCAAUAGUCAAAACCUCUAUAAAGAACUCGUUCCCUAAGAACUACAGCGACUCUCUCUUCGCUAGCUACAUCAUCGUACAGAUACUACCUCGUGCCAUCAAUCCUGUCAUCUAUGGCGUUCGAGACAAAUGUUUGAGUAAGUUCUUCAUGCACGAAAUGAGCUGCAAGAGCGUUGGGCGCCCGAACCUUUGACUCAUCACGUUCAUUGGCUCAUUUCCUCUUUUUGACUCAACUCCAUUGUUUCUACACUACAACCCGUUUAGAAGAAAGGUUUAAAUGGCCAAAUCUUCACUGACUUACUCACUGUAAAACACAGAGUACAUAGAUAGCUAACAGUGAAAAAGUAGUACCUUAAUGGAAAACAACUUUUACUACUUAAUGUAUGGUGAACCUUGUUGCUGACACCCAUGUCAACAAUGUAAAUUAGUAAAGGGAUUCUUAACCUUUUUGACCUUGAGGCCCAACCUUUCCACUAAAGAGGGGCCCAGGCCCACUCAAAUAUUAACACUGAAUUCGUAAUCAUGCUCUUGAUUUUUAUCGUGUUCAGUAAUUAUAU